GCUGCUUGCUGUUGUAAUUGUGAAUUAAAACUUUUUCCCAAGAGAUCUGGUCUCCAAAAAAUCACGUGAGUUAUUUCUCACAAUUUAGGGGCUCAUCUGGGAGCUGUCGCCUUUCAGAUCUCUCUGGCUUCCAUGGACAGGAUAGGUGCACCCUGCUGAAUUUAGCAGUCCUGUCGGGGGCAGCCGGAUACUCCCCCAGAAUUGCUGACUAGAGACUGAGACUGUUUAAAGAGACGGAUUCUGUGAAAGAUUGAAAAAGGAAGGAAAAGUUAUCUAGUUUGGGAUAAAUGUCAUUAUGAGGAAGAAACAUUCUUUCUUUUGCUUUUUACUUCUGGCUGUGGCAACAAACCAGAUAGCAGAUGGACAAAGCAAACAGAAAGGAAAAAAGUCUCAUUUUGCUUUGCAAAGUGAUGAAGGUGAUUUGUGUCUCAUUGAUAUAGUCUUUAUCAUGGACAGUUCAGAAAGUGCCAAAAAUCAGUUGUUUGAUUUACAGAAGGAUUUUGUUUUAAGCUUAACUGACAACAUUUUCCAGAUGAAGCCAGUUAAAUCUCAGAAGUACAAUGUCAAACUAGCAGGCAUGCAGUUCAGCAGCACAGUCAGAAUUGAGCAUCCUUUCAAAGCAUGGAAAAAUGCGCAGAAUUUUAAAGAGAAAAUCAAGGCUCUGGUCUACAUCGGCCAAGGGACCUACUCCUAUUAUGCAAUUUCCAAUGCCACUCAGCUGUUUAAAACCGAAGGUCGUGAGAGAAGUAUAAAAGUGGCUUUUUUGAUGACUGAUGGUGUAGAUCAUCCAAACAGCCCUAAUGUCCAGGGUAUAGCCACUGCAGCCAGGAACCUUGGAAUACACUUUUUUACCAUUGGCCUUUCUAAGAAAAAUGUUAAGGAAGAAAAAUUGCGCUUGAUAUCUGGUGAUUCAUCUUCUAAACACGUCUUAUGCCUGGAUGACCAGAACCUGGCAGUUGAUGUAGCAUUGGAAUUGGAAGCCUUAUUUCGGAAGCAAUGUAUGCGGAGGAUGUGUGUCUGUGAAAUGGGAAUAAAAGGAGACAAAGGUGAUCCAGGCAAAGCUGGAUACAAAGGGGAAAGAGGCGAGCCAGGACCAAAAGGAAACAAGGGUGACUCUCAAAAGGGAGAUCAUGGAGAAAAAGGUGAAGAGGGAACUCCUGGUUAUAAGGGUGAAAAGGGUGAAAGAGGAGAAUGUGGAUCCCCCGGAGUAAAAGGGGAAAGAGGUUUGGAAGGUCCUUUUGGCCCUAGGGGACCUCGGGGACCUCAGGGUGUCAGUGGACCUCCAGGUGAGCCAGGCCUGAAAGGCAUUCAAGGAAGCAAGGGUGAACAAGGUCCUAUAGGUCCCUAUGGUCCUCCAGGAGUCCCUGGCAUUGGACAGCCAGGACCCAAGGGUUCUCAAGGUAUAGAAGGUCAAAUCGGACCUCCAGGACCUCCUGGAAUUGGUGAGCCAGGAAUAAUAGGUCCACGUGGCCCUGAUGGUCUGCCUGGUGAGAAAGGUGUUCCAGGAGAGGGUAUUCAAGGCCAAAAGGGUGAAAAAGGCUCUGAAGGCAAAGUUGGUCCAGUGGGACCGCCAGGUCAACCAAUAAAAGGUGACAAGGGCGAACGAGGCCAGGUAGGACCACCGGGCCCAGCAGGACCACCAGGAGUAGGUAAUCCAGGAAGCCAGGGUAUACAGGGUCCACAAGGAAAUCCUGGGGCAAAAGGAUCUAAAGGUCUUAGUUUUCCAGGUCCAAAGGGUCAACCAGGUGAACGUGGACAAAAAGGAGAACCAGGACUCCCAGCAGUUGGAAUACGAGGGCUAAAAGGAGAUAAAGGCCUACCAGGAGACCGAGGAGAGAGAGGAGUUCACGGAAACCCUGGGAAUCCAGGGAAAAAGGGGGAAAAAGGAGAUCAAGGUCCAAGAGGCCCUGAUGGACCCCCUGGCAAAGGAGACAUAGGCCAAAAGGGUGACCCAGGAGAAAAAGGAUCACAGGGACCAAUUGGUUCUAAAGGAGAACAAGGCCUAGCUGGACCAAAAGGUGAACCAGGAGAGAGAGGGCCACCUGGUAUUGCUGGAUCAUCUAUUUUGGGGCCUCCUGGACCAAAGGGAGAUCGAGGAGACACGGGGCCAGCAGGAGAAGAUGGACCUCCUGGACAUUCAAUAAUGGGACCAAGGGGUAAUCCAGGACCACCUGGACCAGCUGGACCCCGUGGAGAAAAAGGCGAAGGCCACAAAGGUGAAGCUGGACCUCCAGGACCAGCAGGCCCUCCAGGACCAGCAGGCCCAAGCAGUGUGGGAGAUCCUGGACCGAAGGGAGACCGUGGACUGAUUGGCUACCCUGGGCCCCCAGGACCAAGGGGAAUCGGAAUGUUUGGUCCCAAGGGUACUAUGGGACGGAAAGGCUUGCCUGGUCCCCGUGGUCCUCCUGGCAUCAGCAUACAGGGAGAUAAGGGAGAAAAAGGAAAUCAAGGUUUACAUGGGCCAAAGGGCUCCAUAGGAGUUGGCAUUCCUGGACCAAAGGGAGACUAUGGAGAUAAAGGUGAUCCAGGAAGCAAAGGUGCCAAAGGAGAGAUGGGAGACCCAGGACCUCCAGGACCAAAGGGAGCUUGGGGAAGAAAAGGUGAACCUGGUCUUUCAAGAGAAGAAGUCAUAAGACUUAUCAAUGAAAUAUGUGGUUGCGGUAUCAGAUGUAAAGUAACACCGCUGGAACUAGUAUUUGUCAUUGACAGUUCAGAAAGUGUCGGACCAGACAACUUCAAUGUUACCAAAACUUUUAUGAAAACAGUCAUUGACGAGGUUUCAGCCAACCACGCUACAACUCGCAUUGGCGUUAUCAACUACAGCCAUAAAGUGGAGUUGGUAUCUUCUCUAGAGAAAUACACAACCAAAGAAUCUCUGAAAUCUGCUGUUGAUAAAAUGCACUACUUAGGAGAAGGCACGUACACAGCUUCUGCCAUUAAAAAAGCCAUUAACCUAUUUCAGGCAGCACGCCCAGCAGUAAGAAAAGUUGCUGUGGUAGUAACAGAUGGACAAGCAGACACUCGUGACGAAGUGCACCUGGAUACGAUAGUAAGGGAAGCACAUGCUGCAAAUAUUGAGAUAUUUGUCAUUGGAAUUGCUCAAGAAACUGAUCCUCAUUAUGAAAACUUUCUGAAAGAAAUGCAUCUCAUUGCAACAGACCCUGAUGAAGAACAUUUUUACCGGAUAGAGGACUUCAAGACACUCUCAGCUCUUGCAGGCAAACUCAUCACAAAAAUCUGUGAUAAUGUGUCUGAAAUUUACAGUAGAAAAGAAAAUGUUCUAUCUCCACCUCCAAGUCCAGAACCUGAAAUGCCUAAUGAAGUUACUAAAGCUCAAUUACCUCAAGUGACGACUUCAGAGACUUCAGUGCCCCGUAAAGAAGGAAUCAGUUACCCACAUAGUCCACCACAGACAAGAUAUACUGAGCCACUGCCAUCUGCUCAGGACCAUACUGUGACCACCUCUGUUCACAGAGAAUCGAGAUUCCCUCCACUUUCCAGCAUAGAUGAAACCAGACUUCAGAGUCCAUUUAUCAACCCUUUGCUUAAUGUAACUGCUGCUAAAGAUCUCCACAUAACAACACUGCAACCACAGGUAGCAAAACCUCAAAAAGAUCCCAGGUGCUUGGAACCUCUGAAACCAGGUGAUUGUCGGAACUAUGUGGUGAAAUGGUAUUAUGACAACAAUGCCAAUUCUUGUGGCCAGUUCUGGUAUGGAGGUUGUAAUGGUACCAACAAUAGAUUUGAAACAGAAGAAGAAUGUCGAAGAACCUGUAUUGAAAAAUAAAAAUUACUGCCAUUUGGAGUUUUUAAAGCAAGAAGUUCAUGUGUAUUAAGGAAGAAAUGUCUGAGAAGAAUCUAAAAUGAUGUGUGAACAUGAAUAUAUUACCACGCUCCACUGCCUUCCCCACUGUGGAAUUCACAUUCAUUAGAUUCCUGCAUAGCAUUUGUUAUCUAUAACACCAUAGCAAUAACCUUAUUGCACAUACACAUGCAUGGGAACAUACCUUUUCCCUUCAAAUUGAUAUAAAUUUGGUAAUACUACAUGUGGCAAGGAUAAGAUUGUAUUUUCAGGAUUAAAAUACUGGAAGUGUUGACACAGCAUUUAAUGACAGAGGUCUCUUAUUCUCUCAGAAGAAUAAAAUGGGCUCUAGUUUUAAACAUGAGUAAGUAGCUUCUGAAAUUAGCACACUUAUUACAGCGUUUAGUGUCAUAAUUUAAGGUUUUCACUAAUUAGUCUACCUCUUGUGAAUGCAGAUGCCACAGCUAAAAGUAAUUAGAGAGGAGGGGUUUCCCAUUAAAGCACAUUUAUAUUAACACCAGCAUAACCUUUUCACUUAACAGGGUGGUACUUUCAUUUGGAAUUACAUUAAUACCAGGAUUCUUCAUGUUCUUUAUGGCUAGUAAGCAAAUCUCGGUUUCUCAGGGCCUCUAUGUUUAAAUAUAUAUGUAUUUCACUCUGAUAAAUGCUAUUAAGUAAAAAAGGAGAGAGAACUGAAAAAUGCAUGUAAAUGUUUACAUACAUCCUUUCUACUUUUAACUAUAAUCCUAGUGAACUAUCAUUAAAACUGAGCAUUAUGAGUCUGCAAUUAAAAUGGAAAGCAACAUCCAAUAACGAGUCUGGCAUUCUUAUUCUUUUGUGGACAAAAAAAACCACCUAUUACCUAUAUACAAAGUCUGAACAGAUCUUGAUAUGUUUA